AUGACUAACUUUAUAGAGGAAUCAAUAAUUAUUAAUCAUCUUACUUCUCCUUAAAAUUUUAAUAAUCCAUAAUAACACCAAUUCAACCUAAACUCUGUUUCCAUUCAUCAGACUCCUCAUAAUAGUCUCGACUAUUCUAAAAUUGUUGAGAACGAUAAUAUAGAAAAAGUUGUAAAUCCAAUGAGCAGUCUUAGUCAUUUAUCUUCUGAUCAUUUAUCAAAAGAAAAUUCAGACCCAGAAUUAAAAUAAGUUUUGACAGAAAUCAAUGAUUCUCAACGUUUUUCUUAAGAAAAUCUCCAAGAAUUAUAAAUGUGUUAAGAAACUUAAAUCAAAUAAAACUAAUUAAAUAGUAUGUCGGAACUUCAAUAAUAAUAAAUUGAUAAGCAUAAAUAAAUCAUUAUGAAAAAAAAUUGUCAAUUCAAUUUUGUAAAUUCAUUCAAUUCUUACUUGAAUCAAAAUUAUUAAAAACCUUCUAGUCCAAUUAAUCAUAUCUAAAAACAUUAAAUUUAGUCAUAAUAUACAAAUUUAGAUUAGGAUUUACUUGAAAACUUAAAAGAAAUCUAUAAAUUUUAUUCUAAAUUACCUAUUACAACCAAUAAAUACUAAACCUUUGAAAAAUUGUAGUAACUCUCUCAUACUAUGAUAUUAUAAAAGUUUAUGAUUUUUUGUAAAGAUUUUAAUUUGAUUGAUUUGGAAAUCUCAAAUGAUUUAAUCUCACUCUUAGGUGGUAAAAUAAAUAAUCUUCCAAAAAAAUAAAUCAAUUACAAUUAUAAAAAUAAUAACAAAUCUAAUUUCAUAUUAACUAAAUUUUAUCUAGUUUAAAUAUAUAAACAAAAUGCUGAUAAAAAUAUGUAAUUAAAUUUUUAAAACUUCAUUAUCUUAAUUUAAAAACUAGCUGAUUAACUUUUUCCUUUAUAGGAUUAUUUACUGCAUGAAUUUUUAAAUCUCAAGUAUCCAAGAAUUUAUAGAAGAAAGAUGGCAUUAAUUGGAAAACCUUUUAAUUCAAGAGAAUAAAGUGAAAUUAUGACUUUAGAAAAAUUGAAUGAAAGAAAAAAUAUAUUACCAUAAAAAUAUAAAAGGAGAUCAGAAAGCACAAAAAAAUAAGAAGAUAUUUAUCAUCUUCAAUUUCCAAAAAUAUCAAGAAAAACAAAUACUUUUUAAUGUUAUUCACCUCUUGAAGAUAAAUAAUAAAAUGAAGGCAGCAACUCUCUUUAAAUAGAAGAUUUAAAUGAUUAGAAAUAAAAUUUAGAUCCAAGAAGGUUAUUUGUUGAUAAUAAAAAUUAUGAUGAAUACUCUCCAUAACAUUAUUAGUAUUUUAAAGAAUAAUAAAAUAAAUAAAUAAAACUAUCAGAUUAAAUCAAUUUUUCAAAAAUAUAUAAAGGAUAAUAAGUUUCUCUUUAAAGCAAUAUUUUAGGUUCUCAUCAUAAAUGUGAUAAAUAAAUUAAUAAUAGUAGAAAUCAAUUAGAAAUAAGUCAAAAUAUGAUGGUGUCUGGAAUAACAAGACUUACAAAUCUUAAAAGUUUUGAUAAUCAAGAUAAUAUAACAAAGAAAUCUCCAUCCUAUUCUCCUUAACAUAGAGAAUUAUGCAAUUUAGAGAAGUAAUAUAAAAUUCGUUAAGGAUUUGUUAAUUAGUAAUCAUGUCGAGAAAAAUAAGUUAAAAAGACAAAAUUUUGA